AUGAGUUCUAUGCAGGACCAGAACAACUCUCAGGGCCCGGGAGUCUACAUCUCUCAAGCAGAAUACGAUAGACUGGUCAAGAUCGCUCAGAGAUAUGCUUGCCUUCGCCAGAAGCUCGUCAACCAAGGGAUCAGUAAUGCUUCUCUUGACCUGCUGAGCGAUCCAGAUCCGCAUGCCUCGUACGGGGAUUCCUGUCAGCCUAGCUCUAAUGACCACGCAUACAAUCCUCAAGCACCUCCUUACCAGGGCCAUCACCAGACUGAGACCAACGGAGAAUGGAUUCAUCCCGAUACCGAUCCUUUCCCAAUCAGUCAGUCGCCGUCUGUUGAAUCGCCAACCGAGCCAUGGGGCCAGGAACCCAAGCCACCGCAGGGUGGCAACCGGUACGAUCCUAAUCGACGGUUGGAGCGCAACGCUCAGAGAUCAGUCCGGCUCUUCAACCUCCCUUCCGGCGUUAGGCGUGGUGAUGUUACUGCAGUUAUUCGCGGGGGUCCCCUUCUAGAGGUUUACCUUCGCCCGAAGGAGCACACUGCCACCGUGUCGUUUGUGUAUGGGGAUGAUGCUGCCGCCUUUCUUGAACGAGCCCGGGAGCAUGGCUUGCGCAUCCGUGGCGCCCCAGUCCCCGUGCAAUGGAACGAGCAGCAAUUCAUUCUUGCACCUCAUGUCUGCCACCAGAUCAGCCGAGGUGCAACUCGCAACUUUGUCAUCCGCAACCGAAAUCCCAACCUCACUGAGGAGAGCAUUCGGGCAGAUCUUGCACAUAUUCACAAUCUCCACGUCCUCAAGGUUGAGUUUUUCAGAGAUGAGUGCUACAUCAGCACCAACUCGGUCCACAAUGCCAUCUUUGCACGAAACUGUAUGAUGAGCCGACUUGAAUACAAAGGUUCCCGUAUUGAAUGGGCAGCCGAUGAAUGCGCUCAGCCCCCAAGAAACUUGCCAACGCAGACCCAGGGUUCUAGGCCCGGCAUCGUGACGAAGCGCAACUUUUCGAACGGCUCCGUGUCCUCGAUUCGGGCCACCAACCGAUUCCAGGUGCUGGAUGUGACUGAUGACAACGACGAGGACGAAGAUGAUAGCGAGGAUGACUCGGAUGGCGAGGACUAUUAA